AUGGCCGCCAAAUUGGCAGCUCUUCCAGUCCUCAAGUCCAUUGAGGACUGCAGUGAUUUUUCCAAGACAGUCGAGCCCUUCAUUGACCAGUUCUAUGCACUACCUGACCAACUUGUCGCCAGCAUCGGCAGCAUCGAGGCCCUGCAGCGCCUUUAUGUCGAGACAAACCCACUGAUCACUGGGUUUGCGGCGUCAAUCGUCCUGGCAGGCGUGUUCCUGAUCGUUUCUGAGGUGAACAGGAAUUAUUCCCAGGUUGAUCGCAUGUGGAGCAUCUUGCCCAACUUGUAUAUCGUUCACCUUGCCGCUUGGGCGCGGUUGGCUGGGCUGCCUCAUGACAGAAUCGACUUGGUUGCUGCCUUUAGCACUAUUUGGAGCAUUCGACUGACCUACAACUAUUGGCGCCGUGGCGGGUAUAAUGUUGGAUCUGAGGACUACCGAUGGGAAAUCGUCAAGUCCAAGGUCCCUGGAUUUGUCUUCUUCAUCUUCAACGUCACCUUCAUCUCUCUAAUCCAGAGCGUCUUGCUGUUCUGCUUCUCCUGUAUCCCAGCCUACGCAAUCCUGCUUUCCUCGCGGUUUGAACAAAACAUCAGGGCCGCGGAUUUCGCCUACUUCGCCGUCGAGAUUCUUCUGGUGCUGAGUGAAUGGAUCAGCGACGGCCAGCAGUGGAGGUACCAAAACGCCAAGCACCAGUACAACAAAGACGCCAAACUACCCAAGGGCUGGAGCCAGGCCGACCUGGACAGGGGCUUCGUGACGUCUGGUUUGUGGGGAUACAGCCGUCACCCCAACUUCUUUGCUGAGCAAACAAUUUGGUUCGUGUUGUAUCAGUGGAGCUGUUAUGCCACCAACUCGCUGUACAGCUGGGCGUUUGCCGGCUCUGGUAGCCUGAUCCUCCUCUUCCAGGGCUCUACUUGGCUUACGGAGGCCAUCUCUGCUGGAAAGUACCCUGAGUACACUGAAUAUCAGAGACAGGUCGGCAUGUUCAUCCCCAUGUCUCCAUGGGCGUACCGCGCUCCGUCGUACAAGCCAAAGGUCAUUAGAACUAGCGAGUUGGCCAAGCGUCAGGAACAGAAGAAGCAAAAGUAG